AUGAAUGUUCUGGAAUACAGAGCAGUGCAAAUAUGGAAGAUAUUUCCGCCAUUCUUUAUACUUUUUGGAACGUUCGGCAACGUUUUGACCAUAACCGUUCUUACGCAACGUAGAAAUCGCCAAACGUCAACCGCAAUAUACCUGACAGCGUUGGCAGUGACUGAUUUACUCGUACUUUGGACGGGUCUUUUGAGACACUGGAUUAUUUACAUGUUUGAAAUAGAUAUAAGAGCGCAUUCGGCAUUCGGAUGCAAACUGCAUUUAUUUAUUCUUUAUAUUUCUUUUCAGUGUUCGUCAUGGUUCCUGGUCGCCGUGACAACCGGACGUUUUAUUGGUGUCUGGUUCCCACAUAAAGUUAAGACUGUUUGCCGCACGAGAAAUGUGUGUGUCAUAAUAGUAGCCAUUCUUAGUUUCUUUCUUAUUUUAAACAUGCACUGGUUUUAUGGCGCUGGUUUGAAGAAAAACAAUUCCACGCAAACGUUUGAAUGCAAUCUCCUUGACAACGUUGAUUACGUAAUCUUUUUUGAGCACUACAAAUGGAUUGAUUUGUGUAUCUUUUCGCUUGUUCCUUUAACUGUGCUUACGUCAGCAAAUGUUUCAAUUAUUGUCCGAUUACUGACGAGAAAACUUAAAACAAGGAAUCAAGUGGAACCGACUGAUCACGUGAUUGCUGAAAGAAGCAACAGAAUUUCGCAACUGACCAUUACGUUGUUGAUAGUGAAUACCGUGUUCAUUAUUUGCACCCCGCCAAUAUCAGUGUACAUUAUUUGGGAAAAAGACAGGAAUGAAUCAGCAGAAACAAAUUAUGACAAAGCCGUUCUUGACUUAACUUGGGCUAUUGUCAAUAUGUUGGUGUAUCUGAAUAAUACAUUAAAUUUCUUCCUUUAUUUUCUAAGUGGAUCAAUGUUCCGAAAACAGGUAAAAGAAUUAUUGUGUCGGGGACGGAAUUGUUUUGGAACAAAUAUAGCACAAGCAACUGAUUGA